CUGACGCCCACGAGCCAGGGGAGCGGGGAGCCGCCCCUCACCCAGUUCCCUGGCUCCUGGGGGCCCAGUCCCCGCCGUUGUCACGACAACCGGGGACCAAUGGGGAGCGGGCAGGCGGGAGGAGCCCCGCCCCGGCCCCGCCUCUGGCGGAGGGCUCCGAGCUAAAAGGGCCGGAGGCCGGGCGGCGGGAGCCGAGGCCCGCGGAGCGCCAGGCGCACACGGAAUUCCGAGUGUCCAGAGCGUGCAGAGUCCCCGAGCCGCGAAGGGCGAAAGCAGCAGCCAGGAUGUGCGGAAUCUUCGCGUACAUGAACUACAGAGUCCCCCGGACGAGGAAGGAGAUUUUCGAGACCCUCAUUAAGGGCCUUCAGAGGCUGGAGUACCGAGGCUACGACUCGGCAGGUGUGGCCAUCGAUGGACAUAAUAAUGAAGUCAAAGAACGACAUAUCCAGUUGGUCAAGAAGAGAGGGAAUGUCAAGGCUCUUGACGAGGAACUUUACAAACAAGACAGCAUGGACUUAAAGGUAGAGUUUGAGACCCACUUUGGCAUUGCCCACACGCGCUGGGCCACCCAUGGGGUCCCCAAUGCUGUCAACAGCCAUCCUCAGCGCUCAGACAAAGGCAAUGAAUUCGUGGUCAUCCAUAACGGGAUCAUCACAAAUUACAAAGACCUGAGGAAGUUUCUGGAAAGCAAAGGCUACGAGUUUGAGUCAGAAACAGAUACCGAGACCAUUGCCAAGCUGAUUAAAUAUGUGUUUGACAACAGAGAAACUGAGGACAUUACGUUUUCAACAUUGGUCGAAAGAGUCAUCCAGCAGCUGGAAGGCGCGUUUGCGUUGGUUUUCAAGAGCAUCCACUACCCGGGAGAAGCCGUUGCCACCAGGAGAGGCAGCCCCCUGCUCAUUGGAGUGCGGAGCAAAUACAAACUGUCCACGGAACAGAUCCCCAUCUUGUAUAGGACGCGCAAUUUUGAGAAUGUGAAGAAUAUUUGCAAAACGAGAAUGAAGAGGCUGGACAGCUCGACCUGCCUUCAUGCUGUUGGCGAUAAAGCCGUGGAAUUCUUCUUUGCUUCAGAUGCAAGUGCCAUCAUAGAACAUACCAACCGGGUCAUCUUCCUUGAGGAUGACGACAUCGCCGCAGUGGCUGAUGGGAAACUCUCCAUUCAUCGGGUCAAGCGUUCCGCUAGUGACGACCCAUCUCGAGCCAUCCAGACCUUGCAGAUGGAACUGCAGCAAAUCAUGAAAGGUAACUUCAGUGCGUUUAUGCAGAAGGAGAUCUUUGAACAGCCAGAGUCCGUUUUCAACACCAUGAGAGGUCGGGUGAAUUUUGAGACCAACACAGUGCUCCUGGGAGGCCUGAAGGACCACUUGAAGGAGAUCCGGCGUUGCCGCCGGCUCAUCGUGAUUGGCUGUGGAACCAGCUACCACGCCGCCGUGGCCACACGGCAGGUUUUGGAGGAGCUGACGGAGCUCCCUGUGAUGGUUGAACUUGCAAGCGAUUUUCUGGACAGGAACACACCGGUGUUCAGGGAUGACGUUUGCUUUUUCAUCAGCCAGUCAGGUGAGACUGCAGACACCCUGCUGGCGUUGCGCUACUGUAAGGACCGCCGGGCCCUGACUGUGGGUGUCACCAACACCGUGGGCAGCUCCAUCUCCCGAGAGACCGACUGCGGUGUCCACAUCAAUGCGGGGCCAGAAAUCGGCGUGGCCAGUACCAAGGCUUACACCAGUCAGUUCAUCUCCCUGGUGAUGUUUGGUUUGAUGAUGUCCGAAGACCGAAUUUCACUGCAAAACAGAAGGCGAGAGAUCAUCUGCGGUUUACAGUCUUUACCUGGGCUGAUCAAGGAAGUGCUGUCGCUGGAUGAGAAGAUUCAUGACCUGGCCCUGGAGCUCUACACACAGAGGUCGCUCCUGGUCAUGGGACGGGGCUAUAACUACGCCACGUGCCUGGAAGGAGCCCUGAAAAUUAAAGAGAUAACCUACAUGCAUUCGGAAGGCAUCCUGGCUGGGGAGCUGAAGCACGGACCCUUAGCACUGAUUGACAAGCAGAUGCCCGUCAUCAUGGUCAUCAUGAAGGACCCUUGCUUUGCCAAAUGCCAGAACGCCCUGCAGCAGGUCACAGCCCGCCAGGGUCGCCCGAUUAUACUGUGCUCCAGGGACGACACUGAGAGUUCCAAGUUCGCGUAUAAGACGAUCGAGCUGCCCCACACGGUGGACUGCCUCCAGGGGAUCCUGAGUGUGAUCCCGCUGCAGCUCCUGUCCUUUCACCUGGCUGUUCUCCGAGGCUAUGACGUCGACUUCCCCAGAAAUCUGGCCAAGUCUGUGACCGUGGAAUAGAGAUCAAGAAAGAGCCUGAGGAGGCCGUCGCCACCUGCCGUGUGGUUCGAGGCCCGUCCCAGGGACGCCCAAGUGGGAGGAACAGCGGGCAUUCUGUGUGUUCCGAGUAGAUCCCAGUAGACCUUGACAGCUUCCACGUGCCUUGUACCCAAGUGCUUUGCUUAGAGCAGAUACUGUUUCUCUGUGUCCUGAAGUUGCCAGAGGAGAAGGGAAUCAUUGUUUACACAUGGGGAUCAGAGCGGACUUUUCCACUACUGUGCAAUAGAGACACAGCUCUCUUCAGAGUAACUGUGAACCUUUUUUUUUAACCAACACUAGUUAGUUUUAAAAGACAAAAUAUUUAUAAUGAUGAUUGUAUAGCUUUUAAGUUAUUUUUCUAGUAUGUGGCUUUCGAUAGCCAAGAUAACUCCCAGACCAUGUACUCCCCCAGCCUCCUGGCAGGGGGGGCAUUCAUCUCAGAUUUGAGCACAAGGCAUUGCCCCUCUGGACUCCUUUCUCCUUUCCUGUCCUCUCUGGGCUGCCCCUGAUUCCCAUCCCGUGACGUCAGGGAAGCCUCCCCACCAUCUUCCUGUGCCUCCUGUAAAUCCCUUCAAGAUCUCAAUGUCCUUCCACGGUUUCUUCUAUAAAUCCAUCCGACUCUCCAACUUCUAUUAAAUCUGAUCAUGGUUCUUUUGAAGCCCAGGCAGCAUUCUGGUCCCUGCUCCUACCUAUAGUCAAACAGCUUGAAAUAUCCCAUGCAAGAGAGUAGUUUCAAGUGGGCCCCCUUGCCCUCUCUUUAAAAGCAUACACAAUCAAAAUACUAUGCAAUUUUAAGACAAUAAAGACACGUACAAUUCUU